GCGCCGAGUAACCAGAUCCGCGAACCGGAGCAGAGGCAACCGAGGAGCCCAAAGCUCGCCCAGAAAUCUGCUCAGCCAACCCGCUACGCUCUGCGGCCUCGCAGGAGUGCUUCUUGUGGCCGUCUGCCUCUGUGCAUCCGGGCCCGGUCAGGACAGUGCGGUGGUCCGGACUGUGCGCAUGCCUCAAGCCUCGGGCGUUAUACCCUCGGCGUCUCCGAGUGCAACGCUGGCCCCUGUUGCCCCCGCCUCGAGUGCCUCUCCCUCGCCCCCAGCCCCUGCACCUCCACCACCGACAACUUCGUCCUCGAGCCAGCAGCUGGUGGUGGUGUCGACCAGCAGUGUGGUCCAACCAAGUGCCGUAGCUCCAUCCCAGGCUGGAGGAACGUCAAGUCCAGCAAUAUCAGCUUCAGCAAGCCCCAAAGCCGCGCCCGCCUCCGCAGCUGCAACGAGCGGCAGCAGCCCCAGCAGCAACAACAACCUGGUAUUAGAGUCUCAGAGCUCAGGCCAGGGACUUUCGACGACCUCGUGGGCCAUCAUUGGCUCGCUGCUGGGUGUCGUUGUGCUGGCCGUGGGUGUCAUCGGCUUGAUUUCCCGCCACAACAUCAUGAAGAAAAAGAAGGCCAGGGCCGAGCGGGAUGCCGUGCGAAUGAGCUACAGGGGUCUCGACACCUGAGGCUCCCUCCCCUCUCUCUUCAGGAGUCUCCAGGAACAGGGCAAUCAAUUCAAAGGGAAAUCAGCCCCGGCUGCACACACCAAAAAACAACUGCCCCUCCCGCUUCGCUUUUGAGCAUGUGCAUGUGCAUGCGUUGCCCAACUCUGCUCUCUUUGUCGCAACCAGUGAUAAUAUAGAACAGGCGUUCGUGAACACAGCGCAUUUCUUGGGGCUCGUCUCUGUGGAUCAGCGUGAGAUCAUCGCCGCGCACCACUCAGUAGUGG